CAGUGGGCAGGACUCGUUAGAGUGGCGAGUAAGGAAGCGUUGGCUCUUCUCCGGGUCUGCCUUCCCCGGUUCAGGCCCCGGCCCUGGGCUUUUGUGUGCGCGGAGCUGCAGCCGCCGCUGCCUCCUCGCGGGGCCGCCCGACCCCAGAUGCCGUCUGGCCUGUCCGGUGCGGCACAGGCACCAAGAUGUCCAACCGAGUGGUCUGCCGGGAAGCCAGUCACGCCGGGAGCUGGUACACAGCCUCAGGACCGCAGCUGAACGCACAGCUAGAAGGUUGGCUUUCACAAGUACAGUCUACAAAAAGACCUGCUAGAGCCAUUAUUGCACCCCAUGCUGGAUAUACGUACUGUGGGUCUUGUGCUGCUCAUGCUUACAAACAAGUGGAUCCAUCUAUUACCCGGAGAAUUUUCAUCCUUGGGCCUUCUCAUCAUGUGCCCCUUUCUCGAUGUGCACUUUCCAGUGUGGAUAUAUAUAGGACACCUCUGUAUGACCUUCGUAUUGACCAAAAGAUUUACGGAGAACUAUGGAAGACAGGAAUGUUUGAACGCAUGUCUCUGCAGACAGAUGAAGAUGAACACAGUAUUGAAAUGCAUUUGCCUUAUACAGCUAAAGCCAUGGAAAGCCAUAAGGAUGAGUUUACCAUUAUUCCUGUAUUGGUUGGAGCUCUGAGUGAGUCAAAAGAACAGGAAUUCGGAAAACUCUUCAGUAAAUAUCUAGCGGAUCCUAGUAAUCUCUUUGUGGUUUCUUCUGAUUUCUGCCAUUGGGGUCAAAGGUUCCGUUACAGUUACUAUGAUGAAUCCCAGGGGGAGAUUUAUAGAUCCAUUGAACAUCUAGAUAAAAUGGGUAUGAGUAUUAUAGAACAAUUAGACCCUGUAUCUUUUAGCAAUUACUUGAAGAAAUACCAUAAUACUAUAUGUGGAAGACAUCCCAUUGGGGUGUUAUUAAAUGCUAUCACAGAGCUACAGAAGAAUGGAAUGAACAUGAGCUUUUCCUUUUUGAAUUAUGCCCAGUCAAGCCAGUGUAGAAACUGGCAAGACAGUUCAGUGAGUUAUGCAGCUGGAGCACUCACGGUUCACUGAAGCUCUGAAUCCUCAGGGAUGCCACCUGCACAUACUCAUACUCUGUCCAGGGUCCCAGCCUAACCCUUACCAAGAUACUGGUCCUGGUUUGGGGGGAUUCCGAAACCUCAAACUAAUAGAACUUUCUUCUCUUCUUUUUUAGUAGGUGUAGUCCUUCCUUAAUUUCAACUCAUUAAAAAAAUGCUUUAUAGUUUAGAGCAGUGGAAGGAAGGCUGGCAUCAAAAUAUUUCGAUCAAAAAAAGAGGCAAUGUAAAGGCCCAGUUGUGGCAGUCAGUUUUUUGAAAGUAACUUGUAAAGCAUUUACCAUAUCCUAAAUUUGCACUCUUUGCAGACUUGUGCACAUAUACUCCGCUUUCAGAAUAGUUUUGCAAAAUUGUACACAAACAAAAAGGGUGGAAGCUUUUUAAUAAAGAAAUUGCAUUUAUAAAUGAUCUGUAUUAGAAAAUAAUAAAUCUCCAGUUAUAGUCAAUUACUACCCAUGUUGUACAACAGAUACCUUCUAUUUUAGUUGCUAAUAAAGGGCUACACAACUCAAAAUAGUCUGAUUUAAACUUAUUGCUCUGUGGUACAUAUGAAAAUUGUUUUUUUAUUAAUUCCAUUUCAGAAUUUUUAUGUUAAGAAGUGGUAAACUUUAGCUCUUAUGUUAAAGUAUGUUAAGGAUGUAUUUUUAUAUUUUACAUAUUUAUGUGAUUUUUUUUUAAUCACAGAUAUUAGAAUCAUAUUUUAAAGUUAGCUUUUAAAAUUACAUAGUUUGCCUUUUUGUGUGUGACAUCACUUUGUGUCAUUACUGUAUUAUAAUACAAUAUAAAUUCAAGAUUGGUAACAAGAACAUAGACGUAGUCCCGUAAAAUUCAGAGAUGGUAUUUGAUAGGCAGUAGUCUGCAAAUGAGGAAACACUGAAGAACGUUCUUAGUGUUUUUCAGAUCAUUGCAGACCAUACACUGCUGCUAUACUUUUUUAGUGCUCUAAGCAAUUUGACUCUCUUACUUGAAUUUUUAGCAAGAAAUCAUUAACAGUAACAACAAAAAAACCACUGGAUUUUCCUACAGUUCUGUGGGGUUUUUUUUGUCAUGAUUUUUGGUGCGGCUCUUCCAACUAAAAUAAUGGUAUGGUGUUGUAUUUCUUUCUUUAGUAUAGACUAAUUCUGGUCACUUUGGCAAAAAAAAAAAAA